AAUUAAAAUUUCCAGUGAAACUAAAUGAAUUAACUUGGCUGGAACGAUGUUUACUUUGCCGAAUUUUUGUCGUGUGUGCCUCAAAUACGACAAGAACCUCAUCGAUUUGGCUCACAUCGAAAACGAGCCGAACGAAACGUUGAUGAGCAAACUGCAACUUUGUGUCUCAGAAGUGGAAUGGACAACAUUCAAGCCCCUCCUAUGCCAUCCGUGCAUCAAACGCCUGAACAUAGCCUACAGUUUCAAAAAACAAUGCAUCCAAUCUGCAGGUGUACUAAAAAACUACGUCGAACUGGUCAAGGAAUCUCAAAAAAAGACCGAAUCUCAAGAAACCAAAUCGGACCCUGUGAACCAACCUGGCACCUAUAUGCUCCUGCCCAACCACAAAUACGUAAAAAUUCUGGUAGGAUCCCAAAACCAAGGAACCACAGGUAACGCAAAUACAUUUCAAAACGUAUUUUUAAACAUCAUACCGACAACAACAAUCACUCCCACUCCUGCUGCAACUACCAAUGGCGAAGCUGCUAGCGGACAGAAAAACAAGGACACCAAUCAAAAUGUAUUUUUGAAUCUUAAUAAUACGUUUCAAAAAUUUAUUCCAAUAACCUCAGUGGAUCCACCCCCUUUAGCGAAACCCGAAAAAAAUUCCCUGCCUAAAUCUGACCCAAAUACAAACCUCAAUGAAUCUGAGGCAGAAGAAAUGAGUGUUGAAAUUGAUCCUACUUCUUUUUUGUCUUUGGAACAUGAUGACCAAGAAUCCAGCAACGAAGAAUCAAAAGAUUGGGACGAAGUCAUAACAAAACAAGGAGUUAAUAAAAUCAAUGGAACAACAAUUGCGACAAAUGGUAAAAGUAAUGCAGCACCAACUUUUGUUCCUAUUCUACCAAAGGAUGAUUUAUAUGCGGGCGGUCACUUUUUAUCAACAAGCUCGCAAUCUGAAAUCAGUUGCGAGUCUUGCCAAAAAUCAUUUCCUUCUAUAAGACUCCUCAAACAGCACAUAAAGCAAUUCCAUUCAGGAAAACUACCAUUCAAGUGCGACUUUUGCGGCAUGGAAUAUUUAACCAGAGGCGAAUUCAUGUGUUGCCUAAACAGGCACAAACAAGACGCAAACGACACUUCACUUACCCUCAAAGACUUCACCGGAAACCCUUCUAUGGAUAACGACACUUUAAGUAUUUCCCUUAUAACAGGCACCCCGGCAGAUUUAAAUUUAGAACCAAAUGAAAACGGUGUUUAUGUUUGCAAAGUUUGUCAGCGAAUUUUCAAUAGUUCCUCUAGCUUGUUGAGGCACAGAGUGCGCAAACACAAUCAGACAAAUCGAAAAAAAUACUUUAUAAAAGGCAUGAAAAAUGCUAAAUGUGAUAUUUGCAAACGUGCUUUCUCCACCCAAUCUUAUAUGCAGUUGCACAGGAAGCUGCAUUUGCGAGAAGAUGGUUCGUUUAAGUAUAAGGUGCAAGGUAGGAGUAAGUAUAAGGAUUUAGUUGAUGAGGAGGAUGAUAAAACUCAAAAAGUUGAUAAAGAUGUGGCUUCUGAAAGCGCAACUGCUUCGCAGCAAGAGAGCGAUACUGAAAGUGAAAAUGAAGAUCAACCAGCCAAAAAACCAAAAUUAGUAGUAGAAGAUGGUUCUGCGAGUGAUUCGCAAAAUAAAUCCGAUGGCAAUAGCAGCGAAACUAAAAAAGAAUCGGAUUCUAGCGGUGCAGAAUCAUCUGAUUCUAAUUCCGAACAAGAUAAGAAUAAUUAGUAUGUAGGAAGCUUUUUUAUAUUUAAAUAGUAGUAACAGUUUAUACAAUCUUUUUUUUAGUAUUUUUAGAUUUUAGCAGCAGUGCUAAUAAUUAUUCUAGUGGGUAAGAAUGAAGACUUAGUUUGUAUGAGAUGAUAUAUGAUAUUGUACCUAUACAAGUGGGUUUUUUGGAUCAAAAGUUUUAAAUAAUUUUGGGUGUUUUAUUGUAGUUUGCUUGGAAGGAUUUUAAUAUAUUGAUUUUAAUGAAAAAAACAUCCUAGUACUAAGAAUUAUUUUAGUUGCAAACUAUCAGAAACAAUCACUCAGCUAAGUUACCAUGUUAUUUUGAAAAGACGGCAUUGGAAACAUGUAUGGGCGAUGCUUUCUGACAUGUUGCAAACUUUUGUGAAAACAGACCUUUCACAUACAUAUUUGUUUUUCGUUAUACCAAAAAUCCCCCCAGGCAUGAAACAAUAAAAUCAUGAAAUUUAUUUAAGUAUUUUUGAUCAGCCUCAUACAAAUUUCUAAAAAAAAAAUAAGGGUAUUUAAAUGAAAAAUAUAUUUACAUAAUUAUUAUAAUGAUAUAGAGCCAUAAGUAUAUUAUUAUGUAUAGUGAUAAAUCACCGAGCUUUUUUUAUUAUAAAAUUUAGAACAGGUUAAUUUACAUUUGAGGCAAAUUCUCUAUUUCACAUGAUGGCAAUAAUAUUAUUUUAACUUAUUGGAGGAAGAUUAUUUUGUAUUAAAACCUUUUUCCAUAGAGAAUUUGCCUUAAAAAUCUUCAUUUUUCUGACUGAUAGUUUUAGCACUUGACAUCUUUUAUUUCUGAACUGAUUAUUAUUAUUAUACACUCAUCAAUUAUUUUCAGCCUUGUUUUAAAGUAUUCUAGGGUUUAAAAAACCCAAAAACUUUUUAUUAAGAAUUUUUUUUGUAUGCAAUCAUUAUUAUUUAAGAUAUUUACUUUUCAUAAUUUUAAUAUGUACAUUUGUUAAUUUAAGGAUUUCGCUUACCUUUUCUCGGAUAUAAAUUUUUAUGUCAAGAAGCAUGUUGGCUGUUUUGGUGUACAUUUCUUUUUUCGAUAAUAAUAUGUUGACAAUACAAUUUGUUGCGUAAUCUGAUACAUUUCCAAAGUGUUGAAAAGCAAAAUUUGAUAUUUUUGUUUGUAGUAAUUCUAAUUUGCUAUACCCUAUUGUAUUUUAAUUUUAUAGUUAUAUAAUGUUUAUUUAGUUCUUUACAAGAUUACUUUAAAAUUGACUGAUGCAGGAAAGAAAUCUUUAGAAGAAUAAUGCAUGCUUUUUUAUAUUAUAUUCUCAGAUAUUAUAUUACAUAUUCCUUACCACCCAUUGAGGCAUAUUCCUGGCCAUUCUCAGUCUAGUGGAAGGGUUAGAAAUGACCAUCGGUUUCCACUUGCUGUCGUUUUUGUUCUGAAAACAAUUUAAUUAUAGCUUAUUUUGUCAUGACUCUUUUUUUUAAUUUAAUUUAUAUAUCAUAUCACUGUAUUUUGUAUUGUACCCACAAUAAAAUAUUUUUCGACAUUUUCUUAUUGUGUUGAAACCCUAAGAGAAAGUCAUUGUAUGCACCUUUCAACUGGGUAGAUGUAAAGGAAACAAUUUUAAAGUAUGUUAUUGGAUGUUGUUUUCAGCUGCAAACUCCACAUGAAACAUUUUUUUCUAGAAACUUUUUUUGGGGCACUGGAAAUCUAGGAAAAAGCAGUUGAUUAUUACUUAGUACAAUUUAAUUUAUUUUGUCUAAGAUUAUUGACCCACAUUCAAAUGGAAUGUUUUUGUAUAUCAAAAAAGCAACUGUAGUUUAGACUGUACAUAUAAUUAAAGUUCCUGUUGUCAGUUGCAUCUAAAAAUAAUCCAGUUAUUUUUGCAUCAUGUUUAAUCAUACUUUAAUUUGUAGCAUACAUUGCAUGGAAUUCAAUAAAAUGUAGAUUUUUAUAACCGACAUACAUGAAACUAUCUUCAAGUGUUUGCCAAUAAGAGUCGUUUGAAAUUUCAAAAUAUUCAAUAAAAUCCUCAAAAGAAUCUAGAUACAGUAGUAGGUCAGUAAAUGAUUAAAUUUUCACCCAGCUUUGCUUUAUUUUAAAAUCACUCAGUUUAUGUUUAAUUUUUUAAGGAUAUACUGAUAGUUUCUUUCAUUAAUCCAAUUAGCAGGCAAAUUUUAACGAGGAAAUGCAAGAUUUAAUGCUAAAAAUAAUUUUGCUAUUUUUAAUCCUCCUUUUCCUAGUGUUAUUUUUAUAUUCGAUAAAAUAAAACGUGUUGCAAUAAAUCUUGAAAAUCAUCAUGCCUAAAAUUAUUAAGCAUUUAUAUUAUGUAUGAAAAAUUAUAUUGGAUUUACCUUUCUUCGUCCUUCUAAUCUUUUAACUUUUUAGAAUAUUUCUCUCUGAUAUUGAACAUUUGUUGAACAUUUUUGAUAGUCUUACCAGUAUUGCCAAUGACCUGAUAAUUAUCGAAUUCUACCAUAAUUUUGACUACGAUUCAAUAAUCG